AUGGAAUCCCAGAUCAAACACGCUGUGGUGGUAAAAGUAAUGGGCCGAACGGGAUCAAGAGGGCAGGUGACUCAAGUGAGAGUCAAGUUUCUUGACGAUCAGAAUCGUUACAUCAUGAGGAAUGUCAAGGGACCUGUGAGGGAAGGUGACAUUCUUACCCUUCUGGAGUCCGAGAGAGAAGCCAGGAGGCUGCGUUGAUGAUAGUAACGUCGUUGCGGUUACUGAUGAUUAUCCUUCUCAUCAUGCACUCUUAAGAAUAGAAUGAUGGCUGUUAUCAAUUUUCCCUCUUAUGAAAAAUCUGAUUUUGGAUACUGUUAUUUUGUCUCGUACCUUUGAUUCUAAGAUAGAAUGUUUGAACUGGACGGAUAGUUUAUUUGGAUUGUCAAACUAUUUUGGUUCUUACAAGGAGUUCCUGUGAAAAAUAUAUUGAAGUUUCGAAGAAUAA